CACCUGUAAUCCCAGCUACUCGGGAGGCUGAGGCAGGAGAAUCACUUGAACCCAGGAGGCCGAGGUUGCAGCGAACCAAGAUUGCAUUAUUGCAUUCGAGCCUGGCCACCAAGAGUGAAACACCAUCUCAAAAAAAAAACAAAAAACAAACAAAAAAACCCGCCUUUGACAGCUCCUUAAGUACACAAGGAUACAGGAGAAUUAAGCCUAUUAUGUAUAACUUCAGAACUCGGGAGAAGGACUUAAGGACACAGGACGCUGCACAUUUUGGUUCAAAAAAACUUCUGUAACCAUUAAACUGCCUCAUAAUGGAAUGGAUAUUCUUGAAAUGAAGUGAGCUCCCUGCCACUGGGACUGUCUAAAUGGCAGCUGGGUAUCCCUCUGUCCAAACUGCUGCUAGAAUGUCUUCUACAUGUACCUAAUAAUGAGUUCUACACAGCCUUCCAGUGCUAAGGUCUCAGAAGCUAUCAAACCACAGGGAAGGAAAAAAAAUGAAGAGGCACUGAGAAAACUGACAAACCACUAAAAACAGCCCCUAAAGUACCCUUAGGCACCACUCUACCUCUCUUCUAACCAUCAUCCCUGUAAUAAUAUCUGGAAACUGCCUAAACAAGUGCUGACAUUUAGUUGAUGAAUUAAGGCAAAACGCUGUCCUAGAGUAUGCACCUAAGAGAUUUCUGAUUAGUAGAAUUUAAGUUACACUAGAGGACAGGGAAGUGAUGAAUUUAUCCUGACCAAGUAUUCUAUUCACUGCAAAAGAAAUUUACCAAAAUAAAUAAACACACAAAUAUAAAAAUAAACAGUUUUUCUUUAAAUGCACUUUUUUUUAAUCUUAGAGAAAUAAUUGGUUUAUAUAAAGGACAAUGUGUAUAUGGUGUGUAUGUUUAAGGUGUGCUUCAAGGUUGCUCUCAAGCUGAGACAGAACUAUCACGAGAAGAGUGAAAGGGGCACCCAGGACACAGAAGUUAAGGAAGCAGUUACUCUCAGAGUCCUGUAAGUGCUGGCGGGGUCAGCACUUACGUGAGAGUAAGUACCUCUUUAAAUUUGCGUCACAGACGCUGGCUUACCUCACCCCAGUCCAAGCUCUGUGAUUGGUCAGGCCAUCAAAGCCUCGCCCCUAUACGACAAACACUGGUUUCUUAGGAAACUGCUGCGUAGCUACGUGACUAGCACCCGGAAAUAACUGCCACCGCCAUCUUUUCGUGCAGAAGGUGACGGGAAAGAGGCCGCAGACCUGAACUUCCAACCGUAUGUAGGCGAGAAGCCGGUGCCGAUACUCCCACUAUCACACAAUGUCCCACCGGGCCCCAGAGUGGAAGAGAGCGGAGGCUAAUCCAAGAGACCUUGGGGCCAGAUGGGAUGCCAGGGGCAGCAGAGGCAGUGGCUGGAGUGGCCCCUUCGGCCAUCAGGGACCGAGAACAGCAGGCUCCCGUGAACCACCACUCUGCUUUAAAAUAAAGAACAACAUGGUUGGUGCGGUCAUUGGUCACAGUGGAUCAAAAAUAAAAGAUCUACAACAUUCGACAAACACUAAAAUACAGAUUAUAAAGGGGGAAUCAGAAGCAUUAGUCAGAAUUUUUGGCAACAGGGAAAUGAAAGCAAAAGCCAAAGCUAUUAUAGAAACACUUACUAGAAAACAAAAAAGCUACAACUCAGAAUCCAGUGUGGAUAAUGCUGCAUCCCAACCCCCUACUGGAAUAAAUCUAGGCAGAAAUGACAUUGCUGGAGAAGCUCAGCCAUUGUCAAAUUGGGAUCGAAUUGGGGCAGCAGUCAUGGAGUGCGAAAACAGAAAAUGGGCAGAUCUACCACCAGUUAAGAAAAAUUUUUACAUAGAAUCCAAAGCAACAAGCUGCAUGUCUGAAAUGCAGGUAAUUAACUGGAGAAAGGAAAAUUUCAACAUAAUAUGUGAUGACUUGAAAAGUGAUGAAAAGCGUCUCAUCCCAAAACCAACUUGUAGGUUUAAAGACGCUUUUCAGCAAUACCCUGAUCUUCUGAAAAGCAUAACAAGGGUAGGGUUGGUAAAGCCAACGCCAAUUCAGUCACAGGCAUGGCCAAUUAUUCUACAAGGAAUAGAUCUUAUAGAAGUUGCACAAACCGGAACAGGGAAAACAUUGUCCUAUUUAAUGCCUGGGUUUAUUCAUGUUGAUUCUCAACCAUUAUCUAGAGAGCAAAGGAAUGGGCCUGGGAUGCUAGUCCUUACACCCACUAGAGAGUUGGCUCUUCAGGUGGAAGCUGAAUGUUCGAAGUAUUCAUAUAAAGAUCUAAAAAGCAUUUGCAUAUGUGGUGGUAGAAACAGAAUUGGACAAAUAGAAGACAUUAGUAAAGAUGUAGAUAUAAUUAUUGCAACUCCUGGGAGGCUGAAUGACCUACAAAUGAAUAACUCUGUCAACCUAAGAAGCAUAACCUACUUAGUUAUGGAUGAGGCAGAUAAAAUGCUGGAUAUGGAAUUUGAACCCCAGAUAAUGAAGAUUUUAUUAGAUGUGCGCCCAGACCGGCAGACUGUUAUGACAAGUACAACUUGGCCAGAUACCGUUCGUCGACUGGCACGUUCUUAUUUGAAAGAUCCUAUGAUUGUUUAUGUUGGUAAUCUGAAUCUAGCUGCUGUAAAUACAGUGAAGCAAAAUAUAAUUGUUACCACAGAAGAAGAAAAACGAGCUCUCACCCAAGAAUUCAUAGAGAACAUGUCACCCAAUGACAAAGUCAUCAUGUUUGUCAGCAAAAAACAUAUUGCUGAUGACUUAUCAAGUGACUUCAAUAUCCAAGGCAUAUCUGUAGAAUCAUUACAUGGCAACAGUGAACAGAGUGAUAAAGAGCGAGCAUUAGAGGACUUUGAAAGUGGAAACAUAAAGAUACUGAUUACAACUGAUUUAGUAGCCCGAGGUCUUGAUGUUAAUGAUGUCACACAUGUAUAUAAUUACGAUUUCCCAUGGAAUAUUGAAGAAUAUGUACACAGAGUAGAGCGCAUUGGACGGGCAGGAAAGACUGGCACAUCAGUUAUCCUCGUCACUCAGAGAGAUGCGAAAAUGGCCGGUGAAUUGAUUAAAAUUCUGGAAAGAGCAAAUCAGAGUGUUCCAGAAGAUCUUGUAGUAAUAGCUGAGCAAUACAAGUUAAAUCAACAAAAGAGGGACACAGAAACACGAUCAAGAAAACCUGGACAAAGGCGCAAGAAGUUUCAUUAUCGUUUAAGUUGAAAAGUUGUACCAGGCUACUGGAAGAUUCAAGGCAUGUUAGAUAUGCAGUAUUGAAUAUAGAUAAAGAAGUAUUGGAAACAUACUGGCCAUUUGAAGAAAUAACUAAUUAUUAGAUAAUACUGCUAAACUUU